UGGAGAGACACUUGGACAUCUUCUUGGGCUGACUUCCUUCUCCACUCUGCUGGUUUCCUUUCGGACAAGGGACCGGUCCAGGGAUGAACUAGAAGAUUAGCUGAGCCCAUUUCCCUUUGUGUGACUUGGCAAAGAGAAAAACUGCCUAUUACUCUUUCAAAUGGAAGUCCUAGCCUGUCCUGGAAGAGAAUCCCGGAGACGCCUAACUGGCUGAGGAGUGUUGGAAGAGCAAUGUUAGGAAAAGUUCGGGAACUGGGAGGCGAACGGCAGGCAAGGGGGCAGCACUGAGCCGGGGAGCCUGAGGGAGAGGGUCCCCUCUGCCCCAUCUCUUGCUCAACGUUUUCCGCUUGUGUUUCGGCCGGUGAGGGGCUGGCCUGGGGGCCUCUUACUUGGAGUCCCGCCCGGGGUGGCUCUCCCGGGGCUCCCCUAUUUGGCUUGCGUGGCAGGGCUCUGGGCGGGGCGGAGGAGCGCGGGGGUGGGCGUCCGGAGGAGGAAGAUGCGCGGAGCUGGCUGCGAGGCCGGGCGAGGAAGGCAGAGGGGUGGGGAUUUGGGGUGGGGAUCUGGGGUGGGCUGCGCUCUCCCGCUCUGACCCGUUCCACACCCCACGGAAAGCGGACUCUGUCAGCUGAAUCACUCCCCCUUCAGGAGGCGGGAGGGGAAAUAAAGGUAACUAGCCCCUUUCUGCUGAAAAAAAGCAAAGGGAGACCGUGGGUAGCUUUGCAGCCGCUCCCUCCCCACUCCUGGACCAUGUACUCCUGCAUCUUCCUCGGCCAUAGGCGAGGACUUGAUUUCUUGAGCUGAGAGUUAAACUUGUUGACUUUUCUUCUCCCCAACAACUGAAUCAUGCCAUGUGCCCAGAGGAGCUGGCUUGCAAACCUCUCUGUUGUGGCUCAGCUUCUGAACUUUGGGGCUCUUUGCUAUGGGAGACAACCUCUGCCGGGCCCGGUGCACUUCCCCGACAGGAGGCAAGAGCAUUUUAUCAAGGCCCUGCCAGAAUACCACGUGGUGGCUCCUGUCCGAGUAGAUGCGCGUGGGCAUUUUCUAUCCUAUGGGUUGCACCAUCCCAUCAGCAGCAGCAGGAGGAAGAGAGAUCUGGGUGGCCCAGAGGACCAGGUGUACUACAGAAUUUCACACGAGGAGAAGGACCUGUUUUUUAACUUGACGGUCAAUCAGGGAUUUCUUUCCAAAAGCUACAUCGUAGAGAGGAGAUAUGGGAACCUCUCCCAUGUUAAGAUGGUGGCUUCCUCGGGCCCGCCCUGCCAUCUCAGGGGCACGGUUCUGCAGCAGGGCACCAGAAUCGGGACAGCUGCCCUCAGUGCCUGCCAUGGACUGACUGGACUUUUCCAUCUACCACAUGGAGACUUUUUCAUUGAGCCUAUCAAAAAGCAUCCACUGGCUGAAGGAGGGUACCACCCACACAUCAUUUACAGGAGGCAGAGGCGGAGAGUUCCAGAGAUGAAGGAGCCAACCUGCGGAUUAAAGGACAGCCUUGGCACCUCCCAGAAGCUAGAACUGCAGCGAGAGAAGUGGGAGAGGAACAACUUGCGAAGCAGAGGCCUCUCUCGGCGUUCCAUCAGCAAAGAGAGAUGGGUGGAGACGCUGGUGGUGGCCGACACGAAGAUGAUUGAGUACCAUGGGAGCGAGAAUGUGGAGUCCUAUAUCCUCACCAUCAUGAACAUGGUCACUGGGUUGUUCCAUAACCCAAGCAUUGGCAAUGCCAUCCACAUUGUUGUCGUCCGGCUCAUUCUACUUGAAGAAGAGGAGCAAGGAUUGAAAAUAGUUCACCAUGCAGAGAAGACGCUGUCCAGCUUCUGCAAGUGGCAGAAGAGCAUCAAUCCCAAGAGUGACCUCAACCCCGCUCAUCACGAUGUGGCCGUCCUUCUCACCAGAAAAGACAUCUGUGCUGGUGUCAACCGCCCCUGUGAGACCCUAGGUCUGUCCCACCUGUCGGGAAUGUGCCAGCCUCACCGGAGUUGUAACAUCAAUGAAGACUCUGGACUCCCUCUGGCUUUCACAAUUGCCCAUGAGCUCGGACACAGCUUCGGCAUCCAGCAUGACGGGAAAGAAAAUGACUGCGAGCCCAUAGACAGACACCCGUUCAUCAUGUCCCGUCAGCUCCAGUACAAUCCCACCCCGCUGACGUGGUCCAAGUGCAGCAAGGAGUACAUCACCCGCUUCCUGGACCGAGGCUGGGGGUUCUGUCUUGAUGACAUCCCCAAAAAGAAAGGCUUGAAGUCUAAGAUCGUUGCCCCUGGAGUGAUCUAUGAUGUUCACCACCAAUGCCAGCUGCAGUACGGACCCAAUGCUACCUUCUGCCAGGAAGUAGAGAAUGUUUGCCAGACACUGUGGUGCUCAGUGAAAGGCUUUUGUCGCUCCAAGCUGGACGCUGCUGCAGAUGGGACGCGAUGUGGUGAGAAGAAGUGGUGUAUGGCUGGCAAGUGUAUCACAGUGGGGAAGAAACCAGAGAGCAUCCCCGGAGGCUGGGGCCGCUGGUCACCCUGGUCCCACUGUUCCAGGACCUGUGGGGCCGGAGCCCAGAGUGCCGAGAGGCUCUGCAACAGUCCUGAACCAAAGUUUGGAGGGAAGUACUGCACUGGAGAGAGAAAACGCUAUCGCUUGUGCAACGUCCACCCGUGUCGCCCAGAUACACCGACGUUUCGGCAGCUGCAGUGCAGCGAGUUUGACACCGUUCCCUACAAAAAUGCAUUCUACCACUGGUUUCCAGUUUUUAGUUCGGCACAUCCUUGUGAGCUCUACUGCCGACCCAUAGAUGGCCAGUUUUCCGAGAAAAUGCUGGAUGCUGUCAUUGAUGGUACCCCUUGCUUUGAAGGUGGCAACAGCAGAAAUGUCUGUAUUAAUGGCAUAUGUAAGAUGGUCGGCUGUGACUAUGAGAUCGAUUCCAACGCCACGGAGGAUCGCUGUGGUGUGUGCCUUGGGGACGGCUCUGCCUGCCAGACUGUGAGGAAGAUGUUUAAACAGAAAGAAGGAUCUGGUUAUGUUGACAUUGGUCUAAUUCCAAAAGGAGCAAGGGACAUACGGAUAAUGGAGGUUGAGGGAGCUGGAAACUUCCUGGCCAUCAGGAGUGAAGACCCUGAAAAAUAUUACCUCAAUGGAGGAUUUAUUAUUCAGUGGAAUGGGAACUACAAGCUAGCAGGGACCAUCUUUCAGUAUGACAGGAAAGGAGACCUGGAGAAACUGAUAGCCACAGGUCCCACCAAUGAGUCAGUAUGGAUCCAGCUUCUAUUCCAGGUGACUAACCCUGGCAUCAAGUAUGAGUACACCAUCCGGAAAGAUGGCCUUGACAAUGAUGUGGAGAAGCUGGUGUACUUCUGGCAGUAUGGCCACUGGACAGAGUGCAGUGUGACGUGUGGGACAGGUAUCCGCCGCCAGACGGCCCAUUGUGUGAAGCAGGGCCACGGGAUGGUGAAGGCUACAUUUUGUGACCCAGAAACACAGCCCAACGGGAGACAGAAGAAGUGCUAUGAAAAGGAUUGUCCACCCAGGUGGUGGGCAGGGGAGUGGGAAGCAUGCUCAGCGACAUGUGGGCCCCAUGGAGAGAAGAAGCGAACAGUGCUGUGCAUCCAGACCAUGGGCUCUGAUGAGCAGGCUCUCCAAGCUAAAGACUGCCAGCACCUGCUGAAGCCCAAGACCCUCAUUUCCUGCAACAGAGACAUCUUGUGUCCAUCAGACUGGACAGUGGGCAACUGGAGUGAGUGUUCUGUUUCCUGUGGUGGUGGAGUGCGGAUUCGCAGUGUCACAUGUGCCAAGAACCAUGAUGAGCCUUGUGACGUGACAAGGAAACCCAACAGCCGAGCUUUAUGUGGCCUCCAGCAAUGCCCAUCUAGCCGGAGAGUUCUAAAACCCAACAAAGGCACCAUUUUCAAUGGGAAAAAGCUACCAGCACCUGAGCAAGACCCCUUAAAGCCCAUCCCUCCAACUACAUCCAGCCCCAGGAUGCUGACCACCCCCACCGUGCCUCAGUCUAUGAGCCCAAGUGUUUGGGCAAGCAACAGCCCUGCUCCUACCACAGCCUCCAAAGGAGACCUGGAUGGGAAACAGUGGCAGAAUACUUCAACCCAAACUAAGCUGGACUCCCAUUAUGUCGUUUCCACUGGAGGUACAUCCCAGCCCAUCCUCACUUCCUGGUCUUUUAGUAUCCAGCCAAAUAAAGAGACUGUUUCCAGUUCAGACCCUGGUCCUACCUCAGAGGGAGAUCUUUUAGCCACAACAAUGAGUGGUUCUGAUUUGUCAUCUUCCAGCAACCCCGUGACUUGGCAGGUGACUGCAUUUUAUGAUACCUUGACCAAAGAGCCAGAAACGGAGAUUCACAGUGGCUCAGGGGAACAACCUGAGAACAAAAAUGGAAACAACUCUGUAAUAUGGACCAAGAUCAGAGUACCUGGAAAUGAUGCUUCAGUGGAAAGAAGUACAGAAAUCCCACUUGAACCUCCACCAACACCAUAUCUCAGGGGGUCAUCCUUGUGGCCGCCCCUCAGCACAGUGACAGAAGGAUCGCUACCAAGACAAAGGCCCGCUACUCCCCAAAAUGCCACAUCCAGAGCAGAGGGGCUGGUCACUGAAAAGCCAGCUGACACUCCGUUCCCUCUGGGAGGAGACCACCAGCCAACACCCUCAGAAAAGUCGGUAAACCCUAAUCCCCCAGAACUUCCAAGCAACAUGAAUCUAACACAAAGUUCUGGACAAGUUCUGACUGAGGAAGAUGCAACAAGUCUGAUUGCUGAGGGGUUUUUGUUGAAUGCCUCCAAUUACAAGCAGCUCUCGACAAGCCGCAGCCCUGCAUACUGGGUUGUUGGAAACUGGAGUGAGUGCUCCACCACCUGUGGGCUGGGGGCCUACUGGCGACACGUGGAAUGCAGUACCCACCUGGACUCUGACUGUGCGGCCAUUCAGAGGCCUGACCCUGCUAAGAGAUGCCACCUCCGUCCCUGUGCCGGCUGGAAAGUGGGAAACUGGAGCAAGUGCUCCAGAAACUGCAGUGGGGGCUUCCAGAUCCGGGAGAUUCAGUGUGUGGACAGCCGGGAUCACCGGAACCUGAGGCCGUUUCACUGCCAGUUCCUGGCCGGCAUUCCUCCCCCACUGAGCAUGAGCUGUAACACGGAGCCCUGUGAGGAGUGGCAGGUGGAGCCCUGGAGCCAGUGUUCCAGGUCCUGUGGAGGCGGAGUUCAGGAAAGAAUAGUGACUUGUCCAGGAGACUUCUGUGACUGGACAAAAAAACCCGCAUCCACCAGGCCCUGCAACGCGCACCCUUGUUGUCACUGGGCUACUGGGCACUGGGACCUGUGCACCGCUUCCUGUGGAGGUGGCUUUCAGAAGAGGACUGUCCAUUGCGUCUCCUCAGAGGACAAUAAAACGGAAGACCAAGACCAAUGCCUGUGUGAUCAUGAGCCCAGACCUCCAGAAUUCCAAAAAUGCAACCGGCAGGCCUGCAGGAAGAGUGAUGAUUUACUUUGCACCAAGGACAAGUUAUCAACCAGUUUCUGCCAAACACUAAAGACCAUGAAGAAAUGUUCUGUGCCCACUGUGAGGGUUCAGUGCUGCCUCUCGUGUUCCCAGACACACAUCGUUCGCACUCGAAGACCAAGAAAGCCACAGUCGUUCAAAAGCCCCAAAGCAUUCUAAGUCGAGAAGGAAGCCACCCUCCACCAUAGACUGUAGCAGCCUGCUGACCGUGACAUGUGCUAGCCCCAGGGACCUCUUCAUUGAGGUUUUUCAGGUUCAACUUUGGCUCAUAACAAAACAAAAUUCACUGUGUUCCUUUAGCCACAAAACAUCCCUUGCAGAAGGCAUGGGACUGGAAUGCUUGCUGCUCCCUGACAGGCAGGUGAGAUAUCUAGGAGAAUCAGGCAUCUCCUGGGAUCAGCUCCUGGGAAAGGUGUCAAAUUAGGCAAGUCUCUGAAAUGAUGUCUUUUUUUUUCUCCCUUAAAAAUAAAAACAAAGAGAUCAGAUUUUUCCCAGACUACCUCAAGGGUAUCAGGAAACAGAGCCACACUUAUCCAGGGAACAGAUCAUCUUGUCAAUUGACUGGUGAAAUCCUCCUUUUUUUUUCUUCUCCCUGCUUGGGGCAGCUGCUGUUUAAAGGUCAUGGGAGAGCUUUGAGGAACAUUCCCCUAAUUCAUCCAGGCAGAGGACCACUGUCUUCACCCAGUAUUCAACUGGGUCAGGAAGAGAGAGUGCUGGCUGCUUCCCUCAGUCUAUCCCUAAUCCCUGUAGACUCCAUAUCUGGGCUGUUCUGAUUCCACGCCUACCUGGAGACACUAGAAUAAGAGGAAAUGGGCAGAAACUGGAGGAUUUAGAAAACCUAAGGGAUUUAGGCUAGUUAUACCAGGAGACAUUUCUGACUUAAGAAUAAUUUCUGUGAAAACUCUUAAAAAGCAGAUGAACAGAAAUCAAUUUUUUGCUAAUAUAAGGCAGAGAAUGUGGGCCUUUAUUCUUCCCACUUCCCUGGCAAAUAACCCAUUCCUUCGCAGAAGAGCAAAUGAGUCUUCCUGUCUGACUUUCCCUCUUCAGCACAUUCCCCACCUGAGUCAUCAACUCAGGUCAAACCGCCCUUCACUGCUGGGGGUCUACACACAACAACUGCGAUAGCCAGGUCCAUGGCUGCAACCCACCCUCACAUCCCCCAGGUUGGAAAAUGGAGCUCUAGGUUAAGAUAUUUCAAAGACCCAGGUAAAUUGUAUUAAGCAUAAGAACUUAGUACAAAUUUCCAGUCUUGAGAAAAAAUUUCUCAAAAGUGAGGUAAAGAUGACCUGCUCCCCAGUACACCCAAUACUUACUUUUGACAUCUGUUUCCUUGGAGGAAACAGAAGAGUCUGGGGAAUCCAAAAAAGUAAAAUGAAAGUUAGGAUGCUUAUUCUGGAUGUUCCUGCCACCCAUCAGGAGUCAAAGUAGGCAGUGGUCUCAAAUUCAAGGUGAAUUUCCUGGUUUCUAAGGGGAGGUAUUUAUAUGAACUGAACCCAGAUAGUGAGGGUGGGUGGGUGCAUGGAGCCUCAAGGAGAGGAAUCUCUCAGAACCAACUCUUGACAGAGGGGAAGGCAGGGAUGUAUAUAUAUAUAUACAUCUUCAUAUAGUGAGCAGCAUAUUUUCAGACUCAUGCACAGGUACGGUUAAUAAUGACCAUGGAGCACACGGUCCCAUAUCUCCUUUGAAUUAUCUAUCCGUUCAGCAGAAUGGUGCUAUUGAAAAAUGGUGCUAAUAUCUAGAUGGUGGCAGAACUAAUAUAAAUAUACAGAUAGAUGUAUAAGUGGGCAAGUCCAUAUACAUCUUCUUUUAAAUGUGUAAUGGUGUUGCUGGCCAAUGCCAGUUCUAUUGCUUGGAUACCAGAAGCUUAAGUUUUUAUAUUAUGUGCUUUUUAUUUUUUUCCAAGCCAUUAAUGUGUAUUAUUCUGAUAAAUUCCUGUGGAAAAUAAAACACUGGGGUUGGGAUAAAAUUCAAGGUAGCCCAGAAACAGGAGGAAAGUAGAAAUGUUUACCUAAAGCCAGGGAAUUUAUUUCUAGAUACUAAUUAUGUUUUUGUAUUCUCUGUCUUUAAAUAUGAACAUUGCUGGCCGAUGACAAUCUCUGGAAAUAACAGUUUUAGAGAGAAGAUGCUUAAAUUGUUAGUGACUUGAGUGGAAGGGAACCUGAUUUUUGCUAAUGAGGCAAUUCUCAAAGACUGUCCCUGAAGUGUAGUGUAGGCUUUAGGGGAAUUGAUUUUGUAAGCUGGAUUGAUUUAACUUAACCUGGUGCUGUACUAUCUUAGGGUCAUGCAUGUCAUCAGAGACCGGGAUAUGACCAGCCUUAAAAAACUCAGGAACAAACCCAGAUUCCUACUGACCUCCGAAAACUAAACUAGACCAGAUUUCUCAAUACAUAAAAUGUUGUUUAUGACCCACAUGGUGAAGACAGUAGAAAUGUAGGGAGGGUCUGGCCAGGUGCUCCAUGCUAGGCCUUUCUGCAGUUUCUCAAAGGCAGAAUAUUGGCCCCAAUCAUGCAUCAUGGACGUUCACUUCCUGUAUUGAGGCUGUGUUGUGAGACACUUGGAUGGCAUCUGUUAUUCUGGCUCCCAGGAUAAAGAUAGUACUUGCAGUAUUGGAGUCAUCUGACACGGUUGUUGCCUUUACAAUCACUCAGCUUUGAGUCAUCAGGGUGUUGACACAUCCCUGUGCUUGCAGUAAGAGGGGGGCCUCAGGUUUCCAGGAAGCUUCUGAAGGCAAGAACCCAGCUGGUGUCCUCAUCAUUUCUUUGGUGCUCAUAGGGGCCACCAUGAAGCGGCAUUGUUGGUUUAUUUCAUCCAUGACCUCCUUUCUUCCCACUUUGAACAAGCAAGUGAGAAGUGUAGUAAGAGACACUGGAUACACAUCUGCCGUGAACCAGAGAGGUCCACCCCAGGGCCUGGUGCUUAAAUACAUUAGGGUUCUGAAACCUAGUUUGGUUUACAUUGCCUUUCACAGUGGGAGAGUUAGCUCUUCUCUAAAAAACUGUGGGUUAAUUUAGUUCUUGAACAUCAAAACAUAAUUCAACACACCACAAGAAAACAAGACUUCAAGAGACUAAAUAGUGAAUACUUUUCUAAAACAGGAAAUCAUUUUGUGACACAAACAAUUGCCUCUCUGUAGGAAUGACUUGAUUUAUGAUGGAUUUUCGUAGACAAGAGCACACCUCCGUCCAAUCUCCUAAGACACCCAAGUCUCCACUUGAGGGAGUCAUCCCACUGCGAUGCUUUCAGAUAUUUAGUCAAUGUUUUUGAUAACCUUCAUCAAGUUUCUGAAACACCAUUUGAGGGAUUUAUAUUGUUACAUAUCAUAAUUUUCCCAAUCAGUUAGCUAAAAUCCUCGACACUCUGCAAGCUACACGUUGCUACCCCAGGAUUGCAAGUCUUAGCUCUUCUCCCUUCUGACUUCAAGAUGAAGCCCUGGACAGUGUAUCUUGUGCUUGGUGCACUGCGAUUCACUUCUAAGAGAGACCACAUGAUAUGAACUGCCUGGUGUUACAACUUAGCCAACAUAUUUGAUAUUACUCCUGUUUUUUGUAUUGCUAGUUCAAAUAUUAUUGUUAUUUUAUUAUUAUUAUUAUUGUUUUAAGUUAUGGCAUUAAAAAAAGCAUGGUUGGGGAAGCACAAUUCUACCUAUCACCGUCCUCCAAAGUGGUUGUAUGAUGUACAUGGUCCAACCCAUUGCCCUGCCUGCAUCUUUGUGCUGCUUUGCCAGGCCCAGCCUCCUUAAGGGGUACCUCGAUGGGUACCUCAGUAUUUAAAACCACUGUAAUCAUAGCCUACCAUUGUGUGGCAUCAAUAAAUGGCAA